AUGGCACGCAUCUACUGCCACCUGCGUAGAGUGUUAAUCUGUGUCUGUACCCCAUGCAUCGUGGUAGCCCUGAUGUUCCUCUACAUUACUGUCAUGAUGUGUAUGGCCAUGACUGGCAAGAGAAUGCCCUUGGGUUUGAUACACCCCGUAGAAAACAAUCACUUUGUGGCCUCAGGAACUAUUACUAACAAGAGCUUUGCCCGAUACCCUGAAACUUUCUGGGAGAUCAACCCACAUAAGGGCGCCUUUUGGAAUCAGCUCCAGGUGGUAGUAGACCGUGCUUUCAACCCCAUCCUGCGCCCUAACAUGUUUAAGAGGGUAUCUGAAAAUAGUAUGUUUCAUAAGUCCCUGCUGAGGCGGCAUUUCUCUCAGGUUAUAGAUUCGGACAGCACAAGAAGAAAGUUUGAAAAGCUACCACAGCAGCUGCAAGACUUUAUGAGCCACAUGCAAAAGAGGGAGUAUCCAACCCUCAACCAGCCAGGUGGAGUUUGUGGAGCUGGGGCAAACUAUGAGAAGGAGCCCCCUCUGCUUCUACUGGCCAUCAAGACAACAGUGUUGAAUUUUAAAAACCGGCAGGCCAUUCGAAAGACCUGGGGCCAGGUGGGAUGGAUAGCAGGACAGAAGAGGAACAGCAGUAGAGGAGGAGAGAGUGGAGGAUAUGUCCGCAGGGUGUUCCUGCUUGGCAAAGAAGACCCUGAGGAGCUGGGUGUGGAUGUAUCUAAGUUACUACGGCUGGAGAGUGAGCAGUAUGGAGAUAUUAUACAGUGGGAUUUCAAGGACACGUUUUUUAACCUCACCCUUAAAGAUGUACUUUUCUGGAGCUGGUUUUCCCGCUUCUGUAACCAUACCCAUUUUGUCUUUAAGGGAGAUGACGACGUCUUUGUCAACACUCUGAAUAUGAUAGCCUUCCUUCAGGACCAGCUAGAAAUGCAACAAGAAAAUAAGACCUUACAAGACUUCAUGGUUGGUGAUGUCAUUGGAGCAGCCUUGCCCAGUCGGGUCAACAAGUCCAAGUACUUUAUUCCUGACAGCUUCUAUAAGGGUUUCUAUCCUUCAUACGCAGGCGGUGGAGGGGUGGUUUACUCAGGCCUGCUGGCCAAACGUCUACAUAACAUUUCUAGAAGGGUUCAGCUGUUCCCCAUUGAUGACGUUUAUGUAGGGAUGUGUAUGUUUAGGCUCAACGCUCACCCUGUUUACCACCCUGCCUUCCUUACAUUUGACUUCCCCUCAAAGGAAGAAGAGGAGAUGUGUUCGUACCACACAAUCCUUUUGGUUCAUAAACGAAGCCCCAACCAGGUAGUCGAACUUUGGGCCCAUAUGAAAAACACGCAAACACAGUGUUGGAACGUGACGCUCCGAGACACAAACAAAGGGAAAAACAAAGUGAAAAACAAACCAAAACUGAUAGUGCCUCCAAAGUGAUUCUAGGCUAGGCUUGUGUAUAGAAAAAUGUUUACACAAAGGACUGAAAGUUAACAUUUUUGAGAGCUUCUGUCAGAGGUGUGGAGAAAUAACACAGUGGGCAUUUGUAUUUAUUUGAUUGGUUUCAGACAUUCAUGUUCAAAUAGUGAGAAUACAGUGGAAUCCUACCACAACACAACAGUAUUUAUUAAUAUAUUUUAAACCAGUGUCUCAGAAUGUUUCUGUCAGUUUUUUUUAUAGAUUAGACAUCCUU